UAUUUCUGGUCUGAUAUUCAAAAACCCAGCCAAUCAGAAAAAUAAUCCUAGUCUCACUUACCAUCUUCCAUUAUCAUUAUCAAUUAGCUGUAGUAGAUUACUAUCUUUUCAAACGUACAGCAGUUUCCUUUUAAGAAAUAUUGUUUGUUAUAAUUAAAAUAUACUGUAGUUUGUGAGUUGCUUCCUGCAGUUGUCUCAGAUUACUAUUCAACUUAACGUAAAGAUCCAGACUUUGGAUGUUAUUUGUCGAAGUAGAACUUAAUUGAUAUCGAAAAUUGAAGCGUUCUUGAUUUGAAACUAAUAAGUAAUGUUGUUAGCUUUAUAUUUGUCUACUUAUUAUUGGGGGAGUCGUAGAAAUGAAUAAUGCGGACACUUUGUGACGUUUGUGAAAGUGCUGCUGCCAUUCUUUUCUGCGCUGCAGAUGAGGCUGCCCUUUGCCGUGCCUGUGACGAAAAGGUUCAUAUGUGUAAUAAGCUUGCUAGUAGGCAUGUGAGGGUUGGACUAGCUAAGCCCAAUGAUGUUCCUCGUUGCGACAUAUGUGAAAAUGCACCUGCAUUCUUUUACUGUGAGGUUGAUGGAAGUUCUCUUUGUCUGCAAUGCGACAUGAUCGUACACGUUGGAGGUAAACGAACACACAGUAGAUAUCUCCUGUUGAGGCAGAAAGUUGAGUUUCCAGGAGACAAACCUGGGCCUACGGAGGAGUUAGCCAGGAAGACAUUAGAUCCUGGUGAAAACAAGAGGGAAUAUAGUCACUCACCAAAGCCAAUGGUUGAAGACAAUCAACAAAAUCGCAGAUUCUCUCCUGUCCCAGUUUCAGAUGGGAGUGCAGAUGAUCAUGCCAAGAAGGACAAAAUGAUCGACUUAAAUGUGAAGCCAAAUCGUUAUCAUGGUUAGGCAUCUAAUCAGGAUUAAUACAUCUUGAGGGGCUGUUCCAGCCACGUCGCUUUUUAUGAGGAAAUGUAAGGGAGGCGUCACACUUAUAACUCAUAUGGCGUGCAUGUUCCACCUUUGCGCAUGUGAUAGAAGGUUCACCAAUGUUAUUGACGAAGCUCAUUAGCCCAGAUUAGUAGUCCAACAACAUUCAGGCAGCUAGUUUAUGAUAAACUGCAUGUUCUGAUUGCUUUAAGGUCCUGCUGAAAAACAUCGCUAGUAGUUCUUUGCUAGACUCGUAAUCAAUUUUUGCUUUAGGAUUUAGUUUAGCUGUUAAGACAGCAUCAUAGAAACUGCCUGCUGAAAGUUGUUGAUGUAAUUGAAGUUUAAGGUGAUUUUGGCAGAAGUUGCUGUUAUCUUAAAAUCUAAGGUCACUUUUGAGUGUAGAGAUUAUUUUCAUUGUUUCUUGCAGUAUUAAGGUUCAUUAAAAUUUUCUUCCCGUAAGGACCUAGCCUGCAGGAAAUGCUGCAGUUUCUAA